CAAAGUCUUCUUCACGGACUACGGGCAGAUCCCCAAGGUGGAGCGCUGUGACAUGGAUGGGCAGAACCGCACCAAGCUGGUGGACAGCAAGAUCGUCUUCCCCCACGGCAUCACCCUGGACCUGGUGAACCGGCUCGUGUACUGGGCGGACGCCUACCUGGAUUACAUCGAGGUGGUCGACUAUGAGGGCAAGAACCGGCACACCAUCAUCCAGGGCAUCCUGAUUGAGCACCUCUAUGGGCUCACCGUGUUCGAGAACUACCUCUAUGCCACCAACUCCGACAACGCCAACGCCCAGCAGAAAACCAGCGUCAUCCGCGUCAACCGUUUCAACAGCACCGAGUACCAGGUGGUGACGCGGGUGGACAAGGGCGGAGCGCUGCACAUCUACCACCAGCGGCGGCAGCCCACAGUGCGGAGCCAUGCCUGUGAGCCGGAUCAGUUCGGCAAGCCUGGUGGCUGCUCCGACAUCUGCCUCCUUGGGAACAGCCACAAGACCCGCACGUGCCGCUGCAGGUCUGGCUUCAGCCUGGGCAGCGACGGCAAGUCCUGCAAAAAGCCGGAGCACGAGCUGUUCCUGGUGUAUGGGAAGGGGCGUCCCGGCAUCAUCCGCGGCAUGGACAUGGGGGCCAAGGUGCCUGAUGAGCACAUGAUCCCUAUCGAGAACCUCAUGAACCCCCGUGCGCUGGACUUCCAUGCCGAGACCGGCUUCAUCUACUUCGCUGACACCACCAGCUACCUCAUUGGGCGCCAGAAGAUCGACGGCACCGGGCGCGAAACCAUCCUGAAAGACGGCAUCCACAAUGUGGAGGGCAUCGCUGUGGACUGGAUGGGCAACAACCUGUACUGGACCGAUGAUGGCCCCAAAAAGACCAUCAGCGUGGCCCGGCUGGAGAAGGCCGCCCAGACGCGGAAGACGCUGAUAGAAGGGAAGAUGACCCACCCACGGGCCAUCGUGGUGGAUCCCCUCAACGGGUGGAUGUACUGGACGGACUGGGAGGAGGAUCCCAAGGACAGCAAGAGAGGCAAGAUCGAGAGGGCCUGGAUGGAUGGUUCCAACCGCAACAUCUUCAUCACCUCCAAGACUGUCCUGUGGCCCAACGGGCUGAGCCUGGACAUCCCGGCCAAGAUCCUCUACUGGGUGGAUGCUUUCUACGACCGCAUCGAAAUGGUCUACCUGAACGGCACAGAGCGGAAGAUCGUGUACGAGGGUCCGGAGCUGAAUCACGCCUUCGGGCUGUGCCACUACAGCAGCUUCCUCUUCUGGACCGAGUACCGCAGCGGCAGCAUCUACCGCCUGGACCAGAGCUCCAAGGUGGUGAGCCUGCUGCGCAAUGAGCGCCCGCCCAUCUUCGAGAUCCGCAUGUACGACGCGCAGCAGCAGCAAGUGGGCUCCAACAAGUGCCGCGUGAACAAUGGGGGCUGCAGCAGCCUGUGCCUGGCCACUCCCCGGGGCCGGCAGUGCGCCUUCGCCGAGGACCAGAUCCUGGGGUCCGACACGGUCACCUGCCAGGCCAACCCAUCCUACAUCCCACCGCCGCAGUGCCAGCCCGGCGAGUUCGCCUGCAAGAACAACCGCUGCAUCCAGGAGCGCUGGAAGUGCGACGGCGACAACGACUGCCUGGACAACAGCGACGAGGCCCCCGAGCUCUGCCACCAGCACACCUGCCCCUCCGACCGCUUCAAGUGCAAGAACAACCGCUGCAUCCCCAAUCGCUGGCUCUGCGACGGCGACAAUGACUGUGGCAACAACGAGGACGAGUCCAACUCCACGUGCUCCGCCCGGACCUGCUCCCCCAACCAGUUCUCGUGCGCCAGCGGGCGCUGCAUCCCCAUCUCCUGGACGUGCGACUUGGACGACGACUGCGGCGACCGCUCCGACGACGUGUCCCCCCCGGCAGCCACGCGCCCGCCCGGAGGCUGCCACACAGACGAGUUCCAGUGCCGCCUGGACGGGCUCUGCAUCCCCAUGCGCUGGCGCUGCGAUGGCGACACCGACUGCAUGGACUCCAGCGACGAGAAGAACUGCGAGGGCGUGACCCACGUCUGCGACCCCAACGUCAAGUUCGGCUGCAAGGAUUCAGCCCGCUGCAUCAGCAAGGCCUGGGUCUGCGAUGGGGACAGCGACUGUGAGGACAACUCAGACGAGGAGAACUGCGAGUCGCUGGUGUGCAAGCCGCCGUCCCACACGUGCGCCAACACCACCUCCAUCUGUCUGCCGCCCGAGAAGCUCUGCGACGGCACCGACGACUGCGGCGACGGCUCCGAUGAGGGCGAGCUCUGCGGUGAGCGCUGCACUGGGGCUGGGGGCUGCCCCAGCCACAACUGCCCCGUGCCCCCCGGCGAGGGCAUCGUGUGCUCCUGCCCGCUGGGCAUGGAGCUGGGCUCCGACAACAAGACCUGCCAAAUCCAGAGCUACUGCGCCAAGCACCUCAAGUGCAGCCAGAAGUGCGAGCAGGACAAGUACAAUGUCAAGUGUUCCUGCUACGAGGGCUGGAUGCUGGAGCCCGACGGCGAGAGCUGCCGCAGCCUGGAUCCCUUCAAGCCCUUCAUCAUCUUCUCCAACCGCCACGAGAUCCGCCGCAUCGACCUGCACCGGGGCGACUACAGCGUCCUGGUGCCCGGCCUGCGCAACACCAUCGCCCUGGACUUCCACCUCAACCAGAGCUCGCUCUACUGGACCGACGUAGUGGAGGACAAGAUCUACCGGGGGAAGCUACUGGAGAAUGGGGCCCUGACCAGCUUCGAAGUGGUCAUCCAAUACGGGCUGGCCACCCCCGAGGGCCUGGCCGUGGACUGGAUCGCUGGCAACAUCUACUGGGUGGAGAGCAACCUGGACCAGAUCGAGGUGGCCAAGCUGGACGGCACCAUGAGGACCACGCUGCUGGCGGGGGACAUCGAGCACCCCCGUGCCAUCGCCCUGGACCCCCGCUACGGGUCGGACGCGAUCUACUCCGCUCUAUAUGACGGCACGGGGCACAUCGAGGUGCUGCGGGGCCACGAGUACCUGUCUCACCCCUUCGCCGUCACCCUCUACGGGGGCGAGGUCUACUGGACCGACUGGCGCACCAACACGCUGGCCAAGGCCAACAAGUGGACGGGGCACAACGUCACGGUUGUGCAGAGGACCAACACGCAGCCCUUCGACCUGCAGGUCUACCAAGGUCUACCCCCGUCCCGGCAGCCGCUGGCACCGAAUCCCUGCGAAGCCAACGGGGGCAAAGGGCCCUGCUCCCACCUCUGCCUCAUCAACUACAACCGCUCCCUGUCGUGCGCCUGUCCCCACCUCAUGAAACUGGACAAGGACAACACGACCUGCUACGAGUUUAAAAAGUUCCUGCUGUACGCACGGCAGAUGGAGAUCCGCGGCGUGGACAUCGACAACCCCUACUACAACUACAUCAUCUCCUUCACGGUGCCCGACAUCGACAACGUCACCGUGGUGGACUACGACGCCCUGGAGCAGCGCAUCUACUGGUCCGACGUGCGCACCCAGACCAUCAAGCGAGCCUUCAUCAACGGCACCGGCGUGGAGACUGUGGUCUCUGCAGACCUGCCCAACGCGCACGGCCUCUCUGUGGACUGGGUGUCCAGGAACCUCUUUUGGACCAGCUACGACGCCAACAAGAAGCAGAUCAAUGUGGCGCGGCUGGAUGGCUCCUUCAAGAACGCCGUGAUCCAGGGGCUGGACAAGCCUCACUGCUUGGUGGUCCACCCGCUGCAAGGGAAGCUCUACUGGACGGACGGGGACAACAUCAGUGUGGCCAACAUGGAUGGCAGCAACCGCACACUCCUGUUCAGCAACCAGAAGGGGCCCGUUGGUACGGCCGUCCCCGCGUCCCGGCUCCCCACGCUCCGGCUCUCCGCUGGAACCAACCCCUGCAGUGUGAACAAUGGCGACUGCUCGCAGCUCUGCCUGCCCACCUCGGAGACCUCCCGUUCCUGCAUGUGCACCGCGGGCUACAGCCUCAAGAGUGGGCAGCAGUCCUGUGAGGGUGUUGGCUCCUUCCUGCUGUACUCGGUGCACGAGGGCAUCCGCGGCAUUCCCCUGGAUCCCAACGACAAGUCGGAUGCGCUGGUACCGGUGUCUGGGACCUCCCUAGCCGUGGGGAUUGACUUCCACGCAGAGAACGAUACCAUCUACUGGGUGGAUAUGGGGCUGAGCACCAUCAGCCGGGCCAAGCGGGACCAGACGUGGCGAGAGGACGUGGUCACCAACGGCAUUGGCCGGGUGGAAGGCAUCGCUGUGGACUGGAUCGCAGGGAACAUCUACUGGACCGACCAGGGUUUCGAUGUCAUCGAGGUGGCCAGGCUGAACGGGUCCUUCCGCUACGUGGUGAUCUCGCAGGGCCUGGACAAGCCCCGGGCCAUCACGGUCCAUCCAGAGAAGGGGUACCUGUUCUGGACGGAGUGGGGGCAGUAUCCCCGCAUCGAGCGCUCCCGCCUGGACGGCACCGAGCGGAUGGUGCUGGUGAACGUCAGCAUCAGUUGGCCCAACGGCAUUUCGGUGGACUACGAGGAUGGGAAGCUCUACUGGUGCGACGCGCGGACCGACAAGAUCGAGCGAAUCGACCUGGAGACCGGAGAGAACCGGGAAGUCGUCCUGUCCAGCAACAACAUGGACAUGUUCUCGGUGUCCGUCUUCGAGGACUACAUUUACUGGAGUGACCGGACCCACGCGAACGGCUCCAUUAAGAGAGGCAGCAAGGACAACGCCACGGAGUCGGUGUCGCUGCGCACGGGCAUCGGCGUGCAGCUGAAGGACAUCAAAGUUUUCAACCGCGCCAGGCAGAAGGGCACCAACAUCUGUGCCCAGAGCAACGGGGGCUGCCAGCAGCUGUGCCUCUUCCGGGGCCACGGACAGCGGACGUGCGCCUGCGCCCACGGCAUGCUCUCCGAGGACGGCGUGAGCUGCCGCGACUACGACGGCUACCUGCUCUACUCGGAGCGGACCAUCCUCAAGAGCAUCCACCUGUCAGAUGAGAACAACCUCAACGCGCCCAUCAAGCCCUUCGAGGAUGCCGAGCACAUGAAGAACGUCAUUGCCCUGGCCUUCGACUACCGCUACGGCUCCAAGGGCAGCAACCGCAUCUUCUACAGCGACAUCCACUUCGGCAACAUCCAGCAGAUCAACGAUGACGGCACGGGGCGCAAGACCAUCGUGGAGAACGUGGGCUCGGUGGAGGGGCUCGCCUACCACCGCGGCUGGGACACGCUCUACUGGACCAGCUACACCACGUCCACCAUCACCCGCCACACCGUGGACCAGAGCCGCCUGGGGGCUUUCGAGAGGGAGACCGUGAUCACCAUGUCAGGGGACGACCACCCCCGGGCCUUCGUGCUGGACGAGUGCCAGAACCUGAUGUUCUGGACCAACUGGAACGAGCAGCACCCCAGCAUCAUGCGUGCCACUCUGUCCGGUGCCAAUGUCCUCAUCAUCAUAGACCAGGACAUACGGACACCCAAUGGACUAGCCAUCGACCACAAGGCUGAGAAGAUUUACUUCUCGGAUGCCACGCUGGACAAGAUCGAGCGCUGCGAGUACGACGGCUCCCACCGCCACGUGAUCCUGAAAUCAGAGCCCGUGCACCCCUUUGGCCUGGCUGUCUAUGGCGACUACAUCUUCUGGACGGACUGGGUGCGCCGGGCCGUGCAGCGAGCGAACAAAUACGUGGGCACCGACAUGAAGCUCCUGCGUGUUGACAUCCCCCAGCAGCCCAUGGGGAUCAUUGCUGUGGCCAACGACACUGACAGCUGCGAGCUGUCCCCCUGCAGAGUGAACAACGGCGGCUGCCAGGACCUCUGCCUGCUCACGCCCAAGAGCCAGGUCAACUGCUCGUGCCGUGGCGAGCGCGUCCUGCAGGAGGACUUCACCUGCAAAGCCCUCAAUUCCACUUGCAAUGUGCACGAGUUCGAAUGCGGUAACGGCGACUGCAUCGACUUCAGCCGGACCUGUGACGGCGUGGUGCACUGCAAGGACAAGUCGGAUGAGAAGCAGUCCUACUGCAGCAGCCGCAAGUGCAAGAAGGGUUAUCUGCACUGCAUGAACGGCCGCUGCAUUGCCAGUCACUACUGGUGCAAUGGCGUGGAUGACUGCGGGGACAACUCGGACGAAGUGCCGUGCAACAAAACAAGCUGCGCCGCCACCGAGUUCCGCUGCCGGGAUGGGAGCUGCAUCGGGAAUUCGAGCCGCUGCAACCAGUUCAUCGACUGCGAGGACGCGUCCGACGAGAUGAACUGCACCGCCACCGACUGCAGCAGCUAUUUCAGGCUGGGGGUGAAGGGCACGACGUUCCAGAAGUGCGAGCACACCUCGCUGUGCUAUGCCCCGAGCUGGGUGUGCGACGGCGCCAACGACUGCGGCGACUACUCGGAUGAGCGCAACUGCCCCGGUGGAAGGAAGCCCAAGUGUCCGGCCAACUACUUCGCCUGUCCCAGCGGGAGGUGCAUCCCCAUGACCUGGACCUGUGACAAGGAGGAUGACUGCGAGAACGGGGAGGACGAGACGCACUGCAGUGAGCGGCAGGACAAGUUCUGCUACCCGGUGCAGUUCGAGUGCAACAACCACCGCUGCAUCUCCAAGCUCUGGGUGUGCGACGGGGCGGACGACUGCGGGGACGGCUCUGACGAGGACAGCCGCUGCCGUCUGACCACCUGCAGCGCUGGCUCCUUCCAGUGCCCUGGCACCUACGUGUGCGUGCCGGAGCGCUGGCUCUGCGAUGGGGACAAGGACUGUGCCGACGGCGCUGACGAGACGCCUGCUGUGAGUGUGUACAACAACACGUGCGAUGAGCGGGAGUUCAUGUGCGGCAACCGGCAGUGCAUCCCCAAGCACUUCGUGUGUGACCACGACGACGACUGCGGUGACGGCUCCGAUGAGUCCCUGGAGUGUGAGUACCCCACGUGCGGCCCCCACGAGUUCCGCUGCGCCAACGGCCGCUGCCUCAGCAACAGCCAGUGGGAGUGCGACGGCGAGUUCGACUGCCACGACCACUCGGACGAGGCGCCCAAGAACCCGCGUUGCAGCAGCCCCGAGAACAAGUGCAACGACUCCUUCUUCCUGUGCAAGAACGGCAAGUGCAUCCCCGAGGCCCUGCUGUGCAACAACAACGACGACUGCGCGGACGGCUCUGACGAGCUCAACUGCUUCAUCAACGAGUGUCUCAACAAGAAGCUCAGCGGCUGCUCACAGGAGUGUGAGGACCUCAAGAUCGGGUACAAGUGCAGAUGCCGUCCCGGGUUCCGGCUCAAGGACGACGGGAAGACGUGCAUCGACAUCGAUGAGUGCUCCACCACCUACCCCUGCAGCCAGAAGUGCAUCAACACGCUGGGCAGCUUCAAGUGCCUCUGCAUAGAGGGCUACAAGCUCAAGCCUGACAACCCCACCAGCUGCAAAGCCGUCACGGAUGAAGAGCCCUUCCUCAUCUUUGCCAACCGGUACUACCUGAGGAAGCUCAACCUGGACGGCUCCAACUACACCUUGCUCAAGCAGGGGCUGAACAACGCGGUGGCUCUGGAUUUCGACUACCGGGAGCAGAUGAUCUACUGGACGGACGUCACCACGCAGGGCAGCAUGAUCCGCCGCAUGCACAUCAAUGGGAGCAACGUUCAGGUUCUUCACCGCACGGGUCUCAGCAACCCGGAUGGCCUGGCUGUGGACUGGGUGGGCGGCAACCUGUACUGGUGCGACAAGGGUCGGGACACUAUAGAGGUGUCGAAGCUCAACGGUGCCUAUCGCACGGUGCUGGUCAACUCGGGCCUGCGCGAGCCCCGGGCACUGGUGGUGGAUGUACAGAACGGUUACUUGUACUGGACGGACUGGGGCGACCACUCCCUGAUCGGGAAGAUUGGCAUGGAUGGCACCAACCGCAGCGUCAUCGUGGACACCAAGAUAACGUGGCCCAACGGCCUCACCCUCGACUACAUCAACAGCCGAAUUUAUUGGGCUGACGCGCGGGAGGACUACAUCGAGUUCGCCAGCCUGGACGGCUCCAACCGGCACACGGUCCUGAGCCAGGACAUCCCGCACAUCUUCGCGCUCACCCUCUUUGAGGACUUCAUCUAUUGGACCGACUGGGAGACCAAGUCCAUCAACCGGGCUCACAAGACCACGGGCGCCAACAAGACGCUGCUCAUCAGCACGCUGCACCGCCCCAUGGACAUCCACAUCUACCACCCCUACCGCCAGCCUGAUGUCCCCAACCAUCCUUGCAAGACCAACAAUGGCGGCUGCAGCAACCUCUGCCUGCUCUCCCCGGGCGGGGGGCACAAGUGCGCUUGUCCCACCAACUUCUACUUGGGCAGCGAUGGCAAAACCUGCGUCUCCAACUGCACGGCCAGCCAGUUUGUCUGCAAGAACGACAAGUGCAUCCCUUUCUGGUGGAAAUGCGACACCGAGGACGACUGCGGGGACCGUUCAGAUGAGCCCGAGGACUGCCCCGAGUUCAAAUGCCGGCCAGGGCAGUUCCAGUGUUCCACGGGGAUCUGCACCAACCCGGCCUUCAUCUGCGAUGGGGACAACGACUGCCAGGACAACUCGGAUGAAGCCAACUGCGAUAUCCACGUGUGCCUGCCCAGCCAGUUCAAAUGCACCAACACCAACCGCUGCAUCCCGGGCAUCUUCCGCUGCAAUGGCCAGGAUAACUGUGGCGACGGCGAGGACGAGAAGGACUGCCCGGAGGUGACGUGCGCCCCCAACCAGUUCCAGUGUGCAAUCACCAAGCGCUGCAUCCCCCGCGUCUGGGUGUGCGACCGGGACAACGACUGCGUGGACGGCUCGGAUGAACCCGCCAACUGCACGCAAAUGACAUGCGGCGUGGAUGAGUUCCGAUGCAAAGACUCGGGCAGGUGCAUCCCGGCGCGCUGGAAGUGCGACGGGGAGGACGACUGCGGCGAUGGCUCCGACGAGCCCAAGGAGGAGUGCGAUGAACGCACCUGCGAGCCCUACCAGUUCCGCUGCAAGAACAACCGCUGCGUGCCGGGGCGCUGGCAGUGCGACUACGACAACGACUGCGGGGACAACUCGGAUGAGGAGAGCUGCACUCCCAGGCCCUGCUCUGAGAGCGAGUUCUCCUGCGCCAACGGCCGCUGCAUCGCUGGACGCUGGAAGUGCGACGGGGACCACGACUGUGCGGAUGGCUCCGACGAGAAAGACUGCACGCCCCGCUGCGAGUUUGACCAGUUCCAGUGCAAGAACGGGCACUGCAUCCCCAUGCGCUGGCGCUGCGAUGCCGACGCUGACUGCAUGGACGGCACCGAUGAGGAGAACUGCGGCACCGGGGUGAAAUUCCAGUGUCCCCCCAACAGACCGUUCCGUUGCAAGAACGACCGCGUGUGUCUGUGGAUCGGUCGGCAGUGUGACGGCAUCGACAACUGUGGCGACAACACCGACGAGAAGGACUGCGGUGAGUGGGGGCGGCCGCAGCUCGGCACCCCCGCUCCCCUCCUCCCUGCCCGNNCCCGCUGCACCUUCUUCGAUGCCUGGGGCGACGGCGCGGACGAGGACGCCGGCUCCCACGAUCACAAGUCGUACGACUGCAUGACCAACACCACCAUGUGCGGGGACGAGGCCCAGUGCAUCCAGGCGCGCUCCACCACGUACUGCCCCUGCCGCAGGGGCUUCCAGAAAGUGCAAGACAAGAAUUCCUGCCAAGAUGUCAACGAGUGCCUGCGCUUCGGCACCUGCUCGCAGCUCUGCAACAACACCAAGGGCUCCCACGUGUGCAGCUGCGCCAAGAACUUCAUGAAGACGGACAACAUGUGCAAGGCCGAAGGCUCCGAGCACCAGAUCCUGUACAUCGCCGAUGACAACAAGAUCCGCAGCAUGUACCCCUUCAACCCCAACUCCGCCUACGAGCCGGCCUUCCAGGGCGACGAGAACGUGCGCAUCGACGCCAUGGACAUCUACGUGAAGGGCAACAAGAUCUACUGGACCAACUGGCACACGGGCAGGAUCUCGUACCGCGAGCUGCCCGCCUCCUCCGCCGCCUCCACCGCCUCCAACCGCAACCGGCGCCAGAUCGACGGCGGCGUUACCCCCCUCAACAUCUCAGGGCUGAAGAUGCCUCGGGGCAUCGCUAUCGACUGGGUGGCCGGGAACAUCUACUGGACCGACUCUGGACGGGAUGUCAUCGAGGUGGCGCAGAUGAAGGGCGAGAACCGCAAGACGCUGAUCUCGGGCAUGAUCGAUGAGCCCCACGCCAUUGUUGUCGACCCGCUGAGAGGGACGAUGUACUGGUCGGACUGGGGCAACCACCCCAAGAUCGAGACGGCCGCCAUGGACGGGACGUUGCGGGAGACGCUGGUGCAGGACAACAUCCAGUGGCCCACGGGGCUGGCCGUGGACUAUCACAAUGAGCGGCUCUACUGGGCCGACGCCAAACUCUCCGUCAUUGGCAGCAUCCGGCUCAAUGGCACCGACCCCGUCGUGGCCAUCGACAACAAGAAGGGGCUGAGCCACCCCUUCAGCAUCGACAUCUUCGAGGACUACAUCUAUGGCGUCACCUACAUCAACAACCGCAUCUUCAAGAUCCACAAGUUUGGGCACAAGUCCGUCACCAACCUGACGUCCGGCCUCAACCACGCCACCGACGUGGUGCUCUACCACCAGUACAAGCAGCCAGAGGUGACCAAUCCCUGCGACCGCAAGAAGUGCGAGUGGCUCUGCCUGCUCAGCCCCAGCGGCCCCGUAUGCACCUGCCCCAAUGGCAAGCGCCUGGACAAUGGCACCUGCGUGCUCAUCCCCUCGCCCACCCUCCAGGGCAGCCGCUGCCAGGACAACAAGUGCUCCCGCUGCCAGGAGGGCGAGUGCAACAUCAACAAGCAGAGCGGAGAGGUCUCCUGCAUCUGCCCCAACGGCAAGGUGGCCCCCAGCUGCCUCACCUGUGACAACUACUGUCUCAACGGUGGCACCUGCACCGUGGGCGACAAGACGCAGCUGCCCGAGUGCCUGUGCCUGGCGGGGCUGACAGGGCCGCGCUGUGAGGACGUGGUGCUCAGCGAGCCGCAGAGCAGCCGAGCUGCUUCCAUCGUCAUCCCCAUCCUGCUGCUGCUGCUGCUCCUGGCCGUGGUGGCCUUUGCCUGGUACAAGUGGAGGAUCAAGGGUGCCAAGGGCUUCCAGCACCAGCGGAUGACCAACGGUGCCAUGAACGUGGAGAUCGGGAACCCCACCUACACCUACGACGGGGAGCCUGACGACGAUGUGGGGGAGCUGCUGGAUGCCGACUUCACCUUGGACCCGGACAAGCCCACCAACUUCACCAACCCCGUGUAUGCCACGCUCUACAUGGGCGCCCACAACAGCCGCAACUCACUGGCCAGCACCGACGAGAAGCGAGAGCUGCUGGCACGGGGGGCAGACGACGAGCUGGCCGACCCACUGGCGUAG